AUGGACGGCUUCCGCUCCGGUGGGUACCAAGCCUUGGUGGAGGACUUGGCAGUGGACAGCUUUGGCAGCUGGGGCGACCGGCUGCUGUUGGACCUCCUGGGAAUCCAGGAGUGCAUGCUGGACUUCCGGCAAAAGGCCAAGAAGCUUGCGGAAGAGUAUCAGGAGCAACAGCAGAGCUGGUGGCGCAGUGAAAGCCUGCUACGCCCGCAAGUCGUAAGCGUGGCCGAGAUUGACAUCAGAGCUGGCGAUUUUCAG